CAGCGCGAUAUCUAAAUGAAACCUGCUUAUCAUUGGCUAACACGCGACUAUCUCGGCCAAUACCACUCCGCUCUGAAGAACGUCGGCGCAACACUUCCGCUGAAAGGCGCGGAAAGAGUCGACGGCGUCAGUCGGGCCGCGCUGUCUGUCUGUGCUGGUUGGUGUUGUUCAAGGUCCGCUUCGCGUCGUAACCGCAUUGUGACAACGGCUUGCUCGUGCCAUAUCAACAACGACGACAUGGAAGAGAAUCAAGAAACCGACGUAUCCGCGCUGUGCAUCGACUUGGCGAAGGUGAAAUCGUUGAAUGGCGAAUCGCGGAAAUCCGAAGUACGUAACAAUGCCGUACGCGAUGCCGAAUCUGGUGGAUGGACUCCGUUGCUGUUACUGGCUGGUGCCACUUGCUGCUUGGGAUCGGCAUUACCAGCAGGAUAUAACAUAGGUGUUAUGAACAAUGCUGCCGAUCUGAUGAAAACAUUCUGCAAUGAGAGUGUCAGGGAAAGAUUCGAUACGCAAAUGUCGGAAUACCAGCUCAAAAUACUCUGGUCUGCUAUAGUAUCAGUCUUUCUUAUCGGAGGUGUGACCGGAUCUUUAGCGGCCAGUUGGUUGAGCGACAGAUUCGGGCGAAAAGGCGCGAUAGGUACCGGAAAUGUCUGCGGAAUUCUGGGAGGCCUUCUACUCUUUCUCGUGCCAUUCGUAAAUUCGGUUGAGCUUUUCUUCAUCGGCCGAAUUAUCGUUGGAUUUUCCGGUGGUCUCGCCACCAGCCUGCUGCCGAUGUACUUGACGGAGAUAGCUCCUCUAAAAUUACGAGGUGCUGUUGGAGUUUUGUGUCAAUUAGGCAUUACAUGCGGCGUGCUGAUGGGUCAGAUCGCCGGGCUCGACAACGUCCUAGGCACUUCCGAGACCUGGAACAUCAUGUUAGCGUCCUUCGCGCCGCUGUGUGUCGGCGCGUUGUUCUUGAUCUUCACUUUGCCAGAAAGCCCGAAAUACCUGUAUAUUAUCAAGGGACAGCAGGGCAAAGCACUCAAAGAGCUCAGUCGCUUGCGCAACAUGGACAUAAUGCUCCUGCAAAACGAGCUUGCCGGCCUGCAGAAGGAACUGCAAAAGAGAUCGACCACUGAGAACACCUGGAGCAUCAAACGCGUGUUGAGCGACCCGACACUGAGGCUGCCGCUGUUCCUGGUGUGUUUCAUGCAAUUCGGCCAGCAACUCAGUGGAAUCAACGCGGUUUUCUAUUACUCGAAUGCGAUACUUCAAACAGCCGGCUUUGAUAUGACCGAGGCUGAAUACGCGACUCUAGGUACAGGCGUCAUCAACAUCCUGAUGGCGAUCAUCUCUGUGCCGGUGAUGUCGUUCUUCAGCAGAAGGAAAGUACUGAUGCUCAGCGGUGUCUUGUCCGUGGCAUGCCUUAUCUUUCUAUGCAUCUCUAUCGUCUUGAUGGAAACAUCACCUAUUGUGGCGACGAUUUGCAUCGUCGCGAUCUUAGCAUACGUUGUGUCCUACGGUAUUGGUCUCGGCCCCAUACCGUAUUUCAUUGGUUCCGAAUUGUUCGACGUGGGUCCUCGGCCGGCCGCUAUGUCGUUGGGCAGUGUGUUCAAUUGGGGCGGAAAUUUCAUCGUGGGAAUGAUGUUUCCAGUCAUAGAAGCCGAAAUCGGCUCAUUCACCUUCCUAAUAUUCGCCACGUUCACGUUGCUGCUGGUGGUAGUCAAUAAGAUAUAUCUGCCCGAAACGCGAGGACGAAGCACGGCGGAUAUAGCGGCGACUAUGACGGAAGGCUUCAAAUCGAGACCGAACGCAACGUAGACUUUUGGCAUAAGUACUUUUUUAUACGGCUUUUUAACGAGGUACAGGUAAUUGUUGCAACGUGACUGAUGUUCUUGCGUAUUGCUCAUAGUUCAUCUUGCAUGUAGUUCGCGUCGCGACGUUCUAACUUAUUUAAGCGACGAAUUUAUAUGCGCGAGCCAACGAUUUUCUACACCUGACUAUUUGUACAGAUUUAUACGCUCCGCGAAUACCAAUCGUAUUGCCGUCAGACACGAAGCGACAUCGAUGCGGUACACGUAAGAAUAUAAGUAAAGUAUCCGAUUAAGAUUUCUAUAUUUAUAUAUCUCUCGACGUACAUCCAGUUGGAAAUUUAUCGCAACGAUAUCAAGCAAUGUCACUGCCGAUAUACGACAUCAAUUUUAUUCAAACAGAUUUGCAAUACUUAACACCAACAAUCUUGAAAUCUUACAAAAUCUCUUAUCUUCACUGCGUGCGUGUGUGUAUGUGUGUGUAUUUGUGUGUGUGUGUGCGCGCGUGUGCGUGUUGUUUAGUGAGUAAAUACAGAUUUUAUACAAAUUCCACUAGCGUCAGUCGUUUUGUGUUCUAAACUUGGCGUACAAUUGAUCUAGUUGCUCGUAAAACACCAAGCACAGAACUGUAUGCGGCGCUAUUCUCAUCCACGUCGGGAACGUUCCUUUGUACAGGCCGAAGAGACCCUCCGUGCGGAAUAUUUUCACGAGCGCGUCCACAAGUCCGUUGUACAGGGUGCCUUUUCCGGCCGCGUCUGUCUCUGUAUUAGCGCAACAUCAAGACCAGUUAGCGACAAUGACAAAUCAGCAUUAAACUCGCUUCGCGCGACAAGCUUUUCAUAUUCCUCGGUUCAUCGAAGCGUAAUACACCGACUCCUUCGAUUUGAGAGCUGACCCUCUGUUUCUCUCGCUGACCGAAUGUCUCAUAUUAUACUCGAGGAGCCUCGUGACUUGUCUUCUAUUGAAGACAUAUUUAUAGCCGGGUGUACCGUAUUUAUAGUCAUGCGCCACUAUGUCGUAUUUAUAGUCGCGCAUAGCAAUAUGUUAUCGCGUUAUCGCGUGCAAAAGAGUACAUGGAGCCUCGCCAUCCUUCACACAUCUCGGCGAGCUCGUCUGUGUGCUCUGUGACCCACCGAAUAUCCUCGUACAACUCGGCGGAUAUAUUUGUACCGAGACUCCGGGUGCAAUCGCGACGGCGAACGUCUGCGUGAUCGAAGCACAGCUAUGGUACGCGAAAUCGCGCGGUCUUCGGUAUAUCACGCGCUCGAUUUAGAAACGCGGUCUGCUCAACGCGCAUGCAUCUUCACCGUCAAGUUACUCACGUUGAUUGUACAGCCGCGUCGCCAGGACGUCGAACGGCUGCAUAGUGAUGGCCACGCAGCUGCCUCCGAUCGCGGAGGCCAAAAAGGUCAACAAUAUCGGCCGGUCUGGAAAUAUCUGAGAGAAAUUAAGGACGCCACGCCAUGCCACGCCACGUAGUGCCGUUUGGAUUACUUACAUCUAACGAGCGCAGCCAGUCCGAUGCUAAUCCGAAGGUGGUCAGCUGCGUCGCCGAGCCGACGAACACGCGCGGCAUGUUCGCGUUCCAUCCCCGGUACAGGGCCGUAACGCCACCCUCCUUCCACAGGGACUUGAACGCGUCCCACGAGCCCGAGUGAGCAUGUUGAUAGCCCACGGCGAUGGAUUUCGCGGAUUGCGCUUGCAGCUGCGUCUUCACCUGGAGUCAGCGAGCGUCGCAACGUUAUUUUAACGCCAAAUUCGAGCGUCACGGAUACACCGGUGCGAUGCGUGCGCGAUAUCCCCGUCCGCGAGUCUGCGCUUGUAGGCGAAGAAAUUUAUCCAGAUAGCACAAAAUUCCAAGAGACAUGUUAAAGACGUAUGAAAAACGUCUAAAUGAAACAACAUGCCUGUAUAUUUAUUGUAAAACGAACUCUCAGUUAGAGAUCGUUUACACAUUCGUUCGGCUUGCUCUGUCGCGGCGAAACUUUUCGAGUGAACGGUCGACGCGAUGAAAACUUUCUGUCUCGAGCAGAGGUCGACGAGGACCGCAUCGGAUAUAUUUUAAAUGGGAUAACGGAAAGGCGAGGACUUGAAGACACCACUCGAAGGGAUAAUCGAGGCAUAGAAGAAGAAGCAGAAGAAAAUGAUGAUGAUGAUGAUGAUUACCAAGUAGAACGGGCUGCCGAGAACGGCUCCGACGCAGCCGGCGGUGCCGGACACCAACGCGGUUCUCCACACGUUGGUGUUGCCCUUCUUGUCGACGAUUAGCUCAUAUCUUUGCGCGGACUUGUACGCGCCCAAGCGAAUACCGUUGAGUACCACUUGGAAGGCUAAGGCGGGCACGAGUCCGGCCUGCAGGGCGAGCACGCCCUCAUGCUUGGCUAUGAGAUACGCAGCGUGUAAAGUAUUUUUGUAUAUCUUCUUGUAUGCCCCCCGCGCCUCCAGUUCACCUUGCAAUUGCAAUCGUACCUUCACGACGUCCACGGGAUUCGUGAAGAAACCGGCGCCUACCGCUGCCAAUGCGCCGAUCGCGAACUCCACACCCGGCCUAACAAACAAACAAAGUUUACGCAACGGACUUAGCGUGACGACGCGUGGGAACUCGAGAGUGUCGCGGAAUAAUUCUCAAGAUAUCAGUCGAGAUAACAGUCGGGUGAAUGCGAAUGAUUUUGGAAUAAUUUCAGUAAAAAAAAAAAUUAUGUUCGCUUUGUUGCUUCUUUUAGCUAAAGCUUGAUCUACAAUGUGUUCUCUGCUUCCCGUUUUUCAUUCUCUGUCUUUUUCUGACAUAAGACAAAAAGAGAUAAAGAGAAAGAAACAGGAAGCAAAGAAUACAUUGCAGAUCAAAUUUGAUUUGUGCAUUUGCCGUUAUAAGACAACACGGAUCGCGGCAACUAAUAACUAAAAUAACUGCUACGUGCGGUUGUCUUGUCGCGUUGGACUUAUUACUAUGCGAGAAAUGUAAAAAUAGAAAGAUAAAAGAAAGAAAAAUUGCAUUAGUUAUAUUUGUCAAACGACAAUAAUAAUUGGAAGUAAGAAGAUAACAAUUCUCGGCGCAAAAUAAUAAUAGUUCUCAGUAGAGAGCCUUAUUGAGGACUGAUAAUGAUGAUAAUUCAUCAAUCGAUUGCGUCAUAAUGAAUUGAACAUCAUGAAUUUGUAAUAAGUUCCACAGCGAAUCGUGCAUCGAUCAUUUUCAAUGUAUCCGUCCGUCUCGAAGAGCGAUCUAUCGAAAUCGAUGCGAAUUUUCACAAUUUCACAAACUGAAUUCAUACGAAUUCCUUUCCGCGAUUCGCCUAUCUCUCCCACGGAUUUGACAUAUGUAUAUAUAUAUAUCUCUUUUUUUUUAA